ACUGCCAUUUGAGUCAUAUUUAUAGUUGGGCACCGGACUCUUCUGAUCCGCGCAAAACAGAUUUACGAUGGUUUAAAAAGCUAUAUUAGAAAAUGUAUUCAGUUUUUUGACACUGAUGCUGUGCACCGCGCAGUGUAUCUAUCAAUAGCGCCGAUUAAUACAAACCAAUCCUUUGUCGUAUUUAUUACCUUAAUAGCAAAAUGAACAGUGACAGUAAUUUCAUUUUGAAUCAGAUUCGUCAGAGACACGAGAAUCAUGUAGAUACCAUUAACGCGGUCGGUGAGAAUUCGCAUGCCGCUCAAAUCAAGAUGCGUGCUCUUCUGGUAGCCCUGCUGGGAGUUUCUAUGUCGGCGUGUGCUUUUGCCUCGCAGCCAGUCGAGUUAGAGUUGGACGACGAUGACGUCACGCAAAAAUUGAGUAACGUCAGUUUCGCUAGAAGAAUUACGAAGCCCACGAUCCGGCUUGUUAUUGGAAAUGGAAAAUCCAGUGCAUUUCUGACGGCAGUGACAUCCUUGCUUUUACUUAUCGCUGUGAUGUCGAAGCAAUCGUGGUGGCGUCGCGGUGCUCGAUGGCUUGCAGCACCGGCUCUAUUGGUAGUCGCUUUAGAAGCUGCUUCAGAUGCGAGCGACGCGCUAUUGGCUGCGGUGCUGCGGGGUUCGGCUGAACCAGCCAAAAUUGCCCUACAGACUAUCGGUGCAGGAUUACUUGUCACGGUCGAAAUACUGGUUUGGUACUUUAUAGCUAAAUUUUUUGAAUACAGUCCACCGCCCUUAGUCGAAGACAAAGACAGAGAAACUGUAAAGGCAUCGCCAGAAUCACAAUGAAGCUUUUUUUAUUUUUUUAUUAUCUACAUUUUUUUUUAAAUAAAACAACUAAUAUCAUUAUAUAA